GAAGAAGAAGAAAAAAAAAGAGAAAGGCUCGGGCGAGCCACCGUAAUGUUUGUAGGAAACUGCUUCCUUUAUUAGCUUGCUAUCGGUAAUUUUAGUUUCCAGCAAAGAGCCACCGCCCGGUACAAGUCGUGGCACAGAAAGCGUUUUUUUUACAUCUCUUUAUGGAGUUUGAAUUUCACAUUUAAACGCAAUUGAGUCAAUAGAAAGCCAUAUAUUCGCGAGGGGAAGUCGCGUUGGCGUUAACACCUCCGUAGCGGUAAACCAGAUAAGCUCAGCUAGCGUUAAUUAGCUCGCACUAGUCUGCUUCCCCAGCGGCUCGCGGCAUGUCGUACAGGCGAACUUUGAAACUUGUCUGCGGGUUCGCCGGAGGCUCCGCGGUGCUGGUGUUCGCCGCCGCUGCCGCUGACUCCCGCGGCUACUUCGGCGAACAGCGCGGCGAGGCGGCCAGACGCUGGUCCAGAUUUGCAGUUCUGCAAGCGGCGCAACCCGCGUGGACACCUGCCAGCCACACACCGGCACCGACCGGACACUCGUGGGACUUUAACUGGGAUAAGAGAGACCCAUCUGCACUGACCAAUGGGAAGAAGACUAGUGCUCCAGCAACUGAAGACCCCAGCUCCGAGCAGGACAACAGCAAACCAAAAGCUACACGCAACAUCCUCCUCAUCAGGCACUCCCAGUACAACCUGAGCGGCAGCAGCGACAAGGAGAGAAUCCUCACUCCAUUAGGUCGUGAGCAGGCCGAGUUCACGGGCCAGCGGUUGGCAGCGUUGGGACUCAAGUAUGAUGUUAUGAUUCACUCCAGCAUGGCCAGGGCCACAGAGACGGCAAAUAUUAUCAGCAAACACCUCUCAGGUCUAGGAGUGGACCUCGUGAGCUGUGAUCUUCUGAGAGAGGGGGCACCCAUCGAACCCGUUCCACCGGUCACCCACUGGAAGCCCGAUGCUGUGCAGUACCAUGAAGAUGGAGCGCGCAUUGAGGCAGCCUUCCGCCGCUACAUCCACCGGGCUGACCCCAAGCAGAAGGAGGACAGCUACGAGAUCAUCGUGUGUCACGCCAAUGUCAUCCGUUAUUUUGUCUGCAGGGCUCUACAGUUUCCUCCAGAGGGCUGGUUACGCAUGGGCUUAAACAACGGCAGCAUCACAUGGCUCACCAUCCGACCUAGCGGCAGGGUGGCCCUCAGAACUCUGGGAGACGCAGGAUUCAUGCCCCCGGACAAACUAACACGGACCUGACGGCCCAACGCAUGGCAGGUUUCUGGGACUCAGAUUCCCAGUCAGUUAGUUGCAGGGUCAAAGCUCAGUUUUCUCCUUAAGUGUCUUGAAAAUUACUUUUGAUGUUCUUAUUUUGUAAUUUAACUACCAUCAUCUAAUAGUAGACUCUGUGGUUGUGAUUACUUCCGUGCCAUAGAAUGCCAGCAGAAGUGAUCAACAGCUGCUCCUGAAUGUAACUGAGGAUUUUUUCACGAGACAGAUUUUUAAACCAAAAAAAAAGUUGUAUUUGUAUAGCUGUUGUAAAUGCAAAUCCCGCUCUUAGCAUUACAUCCAUCAUGACACAAGGCUGAAGUGUGAGGAUUAUUGUGUUGUAUGGUGCAGCUGUAGUAAAUAAAAAGAACAUUUUA